UCAAUAGGAAUCAAGAUUUUCUGUUCGCGAGUUGUUUCGCAACAUGUCCUAUUUGAGGCGUUUAAAGGGUUUUAUUGAAAAGGAUUAUUUCGAUUUCGAGAGGCCCGACAUCAAUUUAUACAAUUUCCAUCCACAACUACGUAUUUUACUUAUUGUAAAUGGUAUAUUUUUUAAUAACCGCAACUCUCGUAUCAGAUUAAUUUGGCCUGGAGGAUCUAUUUUGUUAUGCAUGCUAGCUGUUUGUUUGGAAUCGAUGUUCAUAUAUCAUGGCCUCACUACUAAAGACUACUCAUUCGCUACAGAAUGCUUCUGUUGUUUUGUCCUGCUGGGGACGAUGCCUGUAGUCAGUUUAAGUGUGCUCAAAAACAAAGAUAAUAUCUUAGACUUGAUCGAAAAUAUGAAUGAAACUUUCAUUUAUAUACGCCGUUUAGAAAGCAAAUAUCGUAACUCAUUCUUAGAAGGGCAACUAAUAAUUUGGAAAUUUUACAAUGCGUGGUUAAUAUUUUGUUGUAUCGUGUGCGGUACUUUUUUCAUGUUCCCAGUUUUUGUUCUAAUGUACCAGAGUCUAUUUCCUUCACUGGACGAGGAUACGACUAGGCCACUAGUGUUUCCGAUAUGGUUGCCCAAAUUGGACGGUUAUAGUACACCCAUUUAUGAAAUAUUUUUAAUUUUGGAAAUUAAUUAUUGCUUGAUAUUCCUUCAAACGUUUUGUGUUUACAUCUACACAUUGUUUCACAUACUUUUGCAUUUUUAUUACAUACUCCACAUGAUUAAACUUGAUUUAGAAGCGAUAUUUGACGAUAUUGACGAAUCCGUUGCCCUAUUACCGCACCGUGAUACUCGUAGGAUUGAAGUUCAGAAAAUCCUAAAUGGAAGGAUGAAGAGGGUCGUAACGUGGCACAUAUCUGUGUUCAAAGCAGUCGAAGCGGUGUCUUCUAUUUAUGGUCCACCUUUGGCUUACCAAGUAAUGUUCACUUCCAUUGCGAUUUGUCUAAUUGCCAUCCAAAUUACACAGAAAUUAGAAAACGGCAUCUUGGAUAUAAGAUUUACAAUGUUAGGAGUUGCUGCGUGCCUGCAAAUGUGGAUACCUUGUUAUCUUGGGACUCUGUUAAGGAAUAAGGCGUUUGGAGUCGGCGAAGCAUGUUGGAACAGUGGCUGGCACCAGACUCCACUAGGUAGGAUGAUCCGACAGGAUAUUAUCAUAGUCUUGCUGAGAGCCCAGCAACCAGUCACUAUAAAAUUCCCUGGACUGCAAAGUAUUCAACUAGAAACAUUUUCUUCGAUUAUGACCACAUCAUACUCGUACUUCAAUAUGUUGAGACAGUAUAGUUGAGGAGUUUAAAAAAAAUCAUUAUAAUGAAAAUAUUAAUUCACAGUAAAUGUUUCAAGCACAUAACCCAUUGAAUUUCUCUCUGGAUCUUCUCAGUAGGUUGUGAUAUCAAUCUCGAGGUAGAUUCAGCACUGCUUUUGGUAAUGAAGAUGUUAGAAGAUUCUUUCCGGCAGAGGGUUUGCCCACAAGUUAUGGUGAAGCCAGAAUAGCCUAUCAAGGCUACUGGUAGAUAGAUAGAAAAAAAAAACAACCACAUUUAGUAGCUAUUAUACAAUAGUAUCUUUUAAGCACUAUACCACACUUUAGUUUUCUUAAUUAAUAAAUAAUGUUUACAGUAUGGUGUUUUAAUGCAAAGAUCCUUUAUCUUCUGGAAGCAAAAAGUAUAUUGGUACUGGCCCUUUGCUUGUGUGAACAAGUUCUUCAUGCCUUAUAAGCUGGGUUGCUGCAAGGCCAUACAGUAAACAAGGUAUACCUGAAACAAAAUUUACUACCAAAUUGAUCACUAUUGCCAUGGCUGAUACACAAAAGUCGAAAGUUUUGAAGUCGACGUGGCCUAAAGGAUAAGACGUCCGGUGCAUUCGUGUUGAGCGAUGCACCGAUGUUCGAAUCUCAGGCGGGUACCAAUUUUUCUAAUGAAAUACGUACUCAACAAAAGUUCACGAUUGACUUUCAGGGUGAAGGAAUAACAUCGUGUAAUAAAAAUCAAACCAACAAAAUUAUAAUUUGCGUUGGUGGUAGGACCUAUUGUGAGUCCGCGCGGGUAGGUACCACCACCCUGCCUAUUUCUGCCGUGAAGUAGUAAUGCGUUUCGGUUUGUAGGGUGAGGCAGCCCUUGUAACUAUACUUACCUUAGAAUUAUAUUUACCUUAGAACUUAUAUCUCAAGAUGGGUGGCGCAUUUACGUUGUAGAUGUCUAUGGGCUCCAGUAACCACUUAACACCAGGUGGGCUGUGAGCUCGUCCACCCAUCUAAGCAAUAAAAAAAAAUUAAAAUUAAAAAAUUCUAAGUAUAAAUUUGUUUAGUUUAUCAUGUUUAUUUAUACCUAAUGCACACAAGGGGUAACACAGGGAGUAAGGGAAGAUCGGAAUGCUACCUUCACCGGCCCUAUUGUCAACCCCAACUGCACGCGCCGGAUGGCGGCGGCGACCAACAGGUUGCCGUGGUGCUCCCUGCUAGAGAACGAACGACAACUCUGUCAAGAGUGUACGAAUAGGAAGAAGAAUGCACACAAAAAAGUGAUUUACAAAUAAGCUAAGUACUGUAAACUUUAAAUAGCUCUCCUAGCCAUUUAAAGUUUAAAAAUGUAAAGUUGUAAAAAUGUCACUUAAGCCAAAAAGCCUUUCACCCCUUGAUAUAGAUUUAUUCUUAACACACACUAUUGAAACUUCAAACUUAGGGUCUUGAGAUGAUGGUAGCAUUCACAGUGACCACUGGGCUUUGGCAGCAAUUUUUUUAUUAUUUUUUUAUUGCUCUUGUAGGCAGACGGGCGUACGGCCCACCUGAUGGUGAGUGGUUACCGUCGCCCAUGGACUUCAGCAAUGCCAGGGGCAGACCGCUGCCUACCGCUUAAUACUCCCCACAAGCCUCAUUUGAAGAAGGACAUGUGAUAGAGCUUGGGAAACACUGUGGAGGGGAACUCAUUCCAUAGCCGGGUGGUACGUACUUAGCACCAGAUGUGCAAUGACAUUAUUUAUAAAUCUAUGCAAUAAAUAAAAAAACUAAACAAGCGGUCUCAACAUCACCUCAGGGACUCAUCUGCCUACUUACUACAACUGUAAGUUUAUAAAUUACUUUUGUGCCUUAUUCAUUUUUUCAACAAUGUCCAAAAAUUUUAUAUCUACUAACUAAUAUGUAGUAAGUAUCGAAUGAAAAUCAACAUGAAUUCAAGCAAACAAAAUCUGAACCGUAAACUGAACACUAUAAACAUAAGUUGGGCCUUCAGUUAAUAGUAAUGAAUAAUAUAUAAAAAAUGUAUUUAUAAAUUGAACUACAAAAAUUUUUAUAGUUACAUACCUAAAUUUGCAACCUUUAUAAUUCUCAUAAAUUUAUCUGACAUAUUUAAGUCUUCUGCCUUUUUUCUAGAACAGUGAUAUUUUAUAUAUGGAAAACAACCAGUUCUUAAUAUUUGAUAGUUGGAAUUACCAACCUUCCAAUUAAAAUUUGACAUUCCAAACUGAUCAUCUUUCACAUAACUGUACUGAAAAGAAUGAAUAUUAUUAUACUGUAAUAGAUGUCUAAAUAGUGUUAUAUAACUUAAUAUUUAUUUAUUGCUGUUAAAUUUUGAAAUUUCAAAUCGCACAUGGUUUGCAGGAUAUCACCUUUACAAAAUAAGAAGUCCAAGGUGGUUCGUUACACUGAGUUAAAUAGGCUGUUAGAACCUCGGAUGAUGUGGGUUUAUUUGAAAAUCUUGCAAUCAGAGUAGCCAUACAUUUCCAUUCCUGGCGUAUAUGAGGAGAUACCACAAACAUGAUUUAGAAGAAAUAAUUUCUAGCUGAAAUUACUUUAAAGUUAGAAAUGUUUGUUUUAUUUUCAAACCAAUAUGUAAUGAAUUAGUGUAAUGUACGACAAAUUAAACUUUGAAACGUGGUCUUUAUAUUUAGCUACGAUUUAGGGUUUGUAUGUAGUUCAGUUACCACCUAGCGAACUUGGUUAUAAAUUAAUAUUGAUACAUAUGUACACAAAAAUAUUAAAUGAAAUUAAUUGAAAAUUGAAA